GACAUAAAAUAAUAAAAUACAAACGAAUCUUCUUCGUCAAGACUUUACCUAAGAGUAAAAAUGUAUGCAGGUGGUUAUGCGGUGAGCGGUGGAAGUCCACAAACCAACUCUAAUGGAUUCUAUGGUGCCAGUGGCGUCGCAGGUGGUCCGCGUCCUGACCGCCCCCAUUACCAACGAAAUGCUAUUAACAAUGGCAACAAUGCCGGUAUGCCAUAUGGUGGUGGAUCUGCAUUGUAUGGUGGCGCCCAAAGCUCUUAUCGUGGGGGCAGCAGCUCUAAUUCGAUGGUGACAAGUGGGGGUCCGAGCUUCUAUGGCAGUGGUGUUGCCACUCCUGGAGGCUACCAAGCUCGUGGUAAAAAUCCGAAUUUCGUACCACGUUAUCAAAAACCAAACGGCGGCUACCAACCUAAUAGCGGCUACCACGGUGGUAUGAAUUUAGGUUUAUUGAGCAAGGAAGAGCGAGCCGAACUUCAGCGUGAAAAAGCUAAAAAUCCCGGUCGUAACCUACAAAUCCCACUUUGGGAAAAUUUACAACCUUUCAAGAAGAAUUUCUAUGUACCACAUCAAAACACAUUGAAUAUGAAUGAACAAGCUGUUGCUGAGUUACGCAAUGAGUUGGAGAUAACAGUUUCGGGAAAUGGUAUUCCCCAUCCAGUAUCGACAUUCGAGGAAUGUUCUCUGCCAGAAUAUACAAUUGAAGAGAUGAAGCGCCAGGGCUUCACUAAACCCACUGCUAUUCAAGCACAAGGUUGGCCGAUUGCUCUUUCUGGUCGUGACUUAGUUGGUAUAGCACAGACCGGUUCCGGUAAGACGUUGGCAUAUAUGUUGCCUGCUAUGGUACAUAUUGCAAAUCAGCCACCAUUACAACGUGGAGAGGGUCCCAUAGCAUUGGUAUUGGCGCCAACACGUGAAUUGGCUCAGCAAAUACAAUCUGUUGUUCGUGAUUAUGGACACUUGUCUAAACCUGAAAUUCGCCAUACCUGUAUUUUCGGUGGUUCUUCAAAAAUACCGCAAGCUCGUGAUUUGGAAAGAGGCGUUGAAGUCAUUAUCGCUACACCAGGCCGAUUAAUCGAUUUCUUAGAGAAUCGGAACACAAACUUGCAACGUUGUACCUAUUUGGUAUUGGACGAAGCUGAUCGCAUGCUGGACAUGGGUUUCGAGCCACAAAUUCGUAAAAUAAUAGAGCAAAUUAGACCCGAUCGUCAAGUGGUAAUGUGGUCCGCAACUUGGCCCAAGGAAGUACAGGCACUGGCCGGUGAUUUCUUAAAGGAUUAUAUUUCUAUAAACAUUGGCUCGAUGAACUUAUCAGCUAAUCACAAUAUUCGACAAAUUGUAGAAAUUUGUCAAGAAUCUGAGAAGCCACAACGGGUUAUCAAGUUGCUAAAAGAAGUAGCACCUACCACUAAUAAUGCUGCUAACAAUAAUAACAAGAUUAUUAUAUUUGUCGAAACUAAGAUAAAGGUAAGAGUAUUUAUUAUUUUCAUUAUUUUUUUUAGUACUGAUAUAAUAUCAGUGCUAAGGGGAGGGGUCACAUCGGCUACUAAGCCCCGCUCGCGUAUGCUUGUCCGUCAACGUUGUCGUCAAGCUGAGCCAAGGGGAGGACCAGGAAGUGUGCAACUUCCACUGGGUCUGUCCAUAGAACAGACGCGUUAG